AUGACUAUCAAAGAAAUUACUUGUUCAUGUCUUAAUUUAAAAUAUCUCGAUCUGAAAGGAUGUGAAAAUAUUAGCAAAGAAGCCAUAGAUCGGCUCGUUUCACUUAAUCCAAAUACCCAUGUCGAGAAUUUCGUGAGUACUAUAACAACUCCUGAUCUGAUUGGAGCACUUAGUGAUUUACUUAGUCGAUAUUCCAAUACAUCUAUAGCUAUAAAUAGUCAAUUUCUGACUCAAUCCACCUUAAUAUCGAGAGCUGUUGAUAGAAUACUAGCCGAUCAAGCAGAAUGCUGGUACUCUACUGAUCUAACUAAUCCGGAGCUGUGA